AUUCGUCUGAUGGUUAAUGGGUGAGUAACUUACCUCACAAAUGUCGCUGGUGGUAAUCUUGCCUGAGGUAAGCUUUCAGUGUUGGACCAUAGCCUUGACGACUUUCGCCAAUGGCCCCAGAGCGAAGAUCGAAACUCGAGAUGAUUCAGUCAACGCGAGCAUGAUCUUUGAGUCCCUUUCAAAACCUACGUUCAAUGGACUGCAGAGGGAUAGUCGUAAUGCAAUGCGUAUAAGUUCUAUCUAGCAAUGACUUGAAUCCGACGGCAGUAGCGGCACUGUAGGGCGUGGGUGUACUGUCAGCCAAUCUUUACCUGAACCGAGAACGAAAGAGCCAGCAAUCGCUUCAGAUCUUUGCCAUUCAUUGUUGAGAGAUAGCGUAGUGCAGAC